UUUCCUAAUCCCUUCCUUCCAUUGCCAAUUGUGGUUGCCGCAACAGUAAAUCCUUCAAAUCCCAUUCAUUGCCAAGACAAGACUCUUCCCCUCUUCCCUUCUUUUCACUUCCCAUCUCUAUUUUCUUCUUCUCUCUUCUCCUUUCCUUAAUUUCCAACACUUCUUUCUUUCAUUACUCUCUCUCUCUCUCGAGUUCUAUUUAAACUCCUGUCCACAUAGCUACCUCUACAAUUAUCUAUUUCUUAACUCCUCCCCCCACCCCCCCCUCUCUUACAUUACAUCACCUCUUAAUCUUUAUUCCAUUUCCUAUCUCCAAGCCAUGAGUUUCCAACCCAACACUUCUCUCAAUCUAAGCCUAUCAAACAAUCAUGAGCCAAGUUUGGACCUUCUUCUCGACCGCUCCUCCUCUUCUUCUUCCUCCUCUCCGCUCAGCCCAGCCGAGCCCCGUGUCUUCUCCUGCAACUAUUGCCAGAGAAAGUUCUACAGUUCACAAGCCCUCGGAGGCCACCAGAACGCCCACAAGCUCGAGAGAACUCUAGCCAAGAAGAGCAGAGAAUUCAGCUCGGCUGUCCGGCCGCAUGGAAGCUGGACCAGCCGGCCCGGCUCAGGCUCCGGCUCGACGGGCCAUGCUCGGGGUUUUCAGUCGCCGGCAGCCGGAUUUGAGCAGCAGGGGCAUGCCGGAAGGUUUUCAGGCGAUAUGGGUGGUUAUGGAAGGAGAGAAAUGGUGAAUUAUGGUUCUAGAGAAGAUGAUGGGCCUUGGAGCAGUAAGGGAUUCAAGCCUGAAAGCGUUCAGGAUGAGUUCAGCCACCUUGACUUGUCUCUCCGGCUCUAGAACAGCAACCAUUACCAUUUGAUGAGAUGUUGAUUUCAUUUUUAGCCACUGGUUUCGACUUCAUGUGCAAAAGUAUAUUUAACUGCUAAAUGAGUGACAGAAGAAUUUGGAGCAA